CCGUCCAGUCUUUGUAUCCCUCCGCCCCUCGGCCGCCAUUUUAGGAGACACCGCUUGACCAGGCGAGGUGCGGACUCAGUCAGUCAGUCUGUCUUUCGGCAGGAGAAGUAGCGGAAGCCAUGGCGGCAUCUGUGGGGAACGUGGCCGACAGCACAGAACCAACGAAACGUAUGCUUUCCUUCCAAGGGCUAGCGGAGUUGGCUCACCGGGAGUAUCAAGCAGGAGACUUUGAAGCUGCAGAAAGGCACUGCAUGCAGCUGUGGCGACAAGAGCCCGACAACACCGGCGUGCUCUUGUUGCUCUCGUCCAUCCACUUCCAGUGUCGCAGACUGGAUAGGUCUGCUCACUUCAGCACUUUGGCAAUCAAGCAGAAUCCCUUGCUGGCAGAAGCCUACUCCAACCUGGGGAACGUAUACAAGGAACGCGGGCAACUGCAGGAAGCCAUUGAACACUAUCGGCAUGCCCUGCGCCUCAAGCCGGACUUCAUUGAUGGAUACAUCAACCUUGCUGCUGCUUUGGUAGCUGCAGGUGAUAUGGAAGGAGCAGUGCAGGCAUAUGUUUCCGCCCUGCAGUACAACCCUGACUUGUACUGUGUGCGUAGUGACCUGGGGAAUCUGCUCAAAGCCCUGGGUCGCUUGGAAGAAGCCAAGGCCUGUUAUUUGAAGGCAAUUGAGACUCAGCCCAAUUUUGCAGUAGCCUGGAGUAACCUUGGCUGCGUGUUCAAUGCGCAAGGAGAAAUCUGGCUUGCCAUCCAUCACUUUGAAAAGGCAGUGACCCUUGACCCAAAUUUCCUGGAUGCUUAUAUUAAUUUGGGAAAUGUCUUGAAGGAAGCACGUAUAUUUGACAGGGCGGUUGCGGCCUACCUGCGGGCCCUGAGCCUGAGCCCAAACCACGCCGUAGUGCACGGCAACUUGGCCUGUGUGUACUAUGAGCAGGGGCUGAUUGACUUGGCUAUCGACACCUACAAGCGAGCCAUUGAGCUGCAGCCGCACUUUCCUGAUGCCUACUGCAACCUGGCCAAUGCUCUCAAGGAGAAAGGCAGCGUGGCUGAGGCAGAGGAGUGUUACAACACAGCGCUCCGCCUUUGUCCUACUCAUGCGGAUUCCCUCAACAAUCUUGCUAACAUCAAGCGGGAACAAGGCAACAUUGAGGAGGCUGUCAGACUCUAUCGCAAAGCUCUGGAGGUUUUCCCAGAGUUUGCAGCUGCCCAUUCCAACUUGGCCAGUGUUCUGCAGCAGCAAGGGAAGCUGCAGGAGGCCCUCAUGCAUUACAAGGAGGCAAUCAGAAUCAGCCCCACGUUUGCCGAUGCCUACUCCAACAUGGGGAACACCUUGAAGGAGAUGCAGGAUGUUCAGGGAGCUUUGCAGUGUUACACCCGGGCCAUCCAGAUCAAUCCUGCCUUUGCUGAUGCUCACAGCAAUCUUGCCUCCAUCCAUAAGGAUUCGGGGAACAUCCCGGAAGCCAUUGCGUCCUAUCGCACUGCUCUGAAGCUCAAGCCAGAUUUCCCUGAUGCCUACUGCAACUUGGCCCACUGCUUGCAGAUCGUUUGCGAUUGGACCGAUUAUGACGAAAGGAUGAAGAAACUGGUCAGCAUUGUGGCUGACCAGCUGGAGAAGAACCGGCUACCCUCAGUCCAUCCCCAUCAUAGCAUGUUGUACCCCUUGUCCCAUGGCUUCCGCAAGGCCAUUGCCGAGAGGCAUGGCAACCUCUGCUUGGACAAGAUUAAUGUGCUGCACAAGCCUCCUUAUGAACACCCCAAAGAUCUGAAGGCCAGCGAAGGGCGGCUCCGCGUGGGAUAUGUCAGCUCCGACUUCGGGAACCAUCCCACCUCCCAUCUGAUGCAGUCAAUUCCCGGCAUGCACAACCCGGACAAGUUUGAGGUGUUCUGCUAUGCCCUUAGCCCCGAUGAUGGCACCAACUUCCGGGUGAAAGUGAUGGCAGAAGCAAAACAUUUUGUUGAUUUAUCUCAGGUCCCAUGUAACGGAAAGGCCGCCGACCGCAUCCAUCAGGACGGCAUCCACAUCCUCGUCAACAUGAAUGGCUACACCAAAGGGGCCCGGAAUGAGCUCUUUGCCCUCAGGCCUGCCCCAAUCCAGGCGAUGUGGCUGGGCUACCCAGGGACCAGCGGGGCCUUAUUCAUGGACUAUAUCAUCACAGACAAAGAAACCUCCCCAUUUGAAGUGGCUGAGCAGUACUCUGAAAAGCUCGCUUACAUGCCGAAUACGUUCUUCAUUGGAGAUCAUGCCAACAUGUUCCCACACCUGAAGAAAAAAGCUGUGAUUGACUUCAAAUCCAAUGGGCAUAUUUAUGACAACAGAAUUGUUUUAAACGGCAUUGACCUGAAGGCAUUCCUUGACAGCCUACCUGAUGUGAAAAUCGUAAAGAUGAAGUGUCCUGACGGAGGAGAUAAUGCAGACAGCAAUGCCGGCCUGAGCAUGCCUGUCAUUCCCAUGAACACCAUCGCGGAGGCUGUGAUCGAUAUGAUAAACCGUGGGCAGAUCCAGAUCACCAUCAACGGGUUCAAUAUCAGCAAUGGGCUGGCCACCACUCAGAUUAACAACAAGGCUGCCACCGGGGAGGAGGUUCCCCGCACCAUCAUCGUCACCACCCGCUCCCAGUACGGCCUGCCAGAGGACGCAGUCGUCUAUUGCAAUUUCAACCAGCUUUAUAAGAUCGACCCAGCCACUCUGCAGAUGUGGGCUAAUAUCUUGAAGCGUGUCCCCAACAGCGUCCUGUGGCUCCUGCGCUUCCCGGCCGUGGGGGAGCCCAACAUCCAGCAGUACGCCCAGAACAUGGGUCUGCCCCAGAGCCGCAUCAUCUUCUCCCCGGUGGCCCCCAAAGAGGAGCAUGUGAGGAGGGGCCAGCUGGCUGACGUGUGCCUGGACACCCCGCUGUGCAAUGGCCACACCACCGGCAUGGAUGUCCUCUGGGCUGGCACCCCCAUGGUCACAAUGCCAGGAGAGACGCUUGCAUCGCGUGUUGCUGCCUCCCAGCUGACUUGCCUCGGCUGCCUUGAGCUUAUUGCCAAAAGCCGGCAAGAAUAUGAAGACAUUGCCGUCAAGCUGGGAACCGAUCUGGAAUACCUGAAGAAAAUCCGCGGCAAGGUCUGGAAGCAGAGGAUAUCCAGCCCACUCUUCAACACCAAGCAGUACACAAUGGAGCUGGAGCGGCUUUACCUGCAGAUGUGGGAGCGCUUCUCGGGCGGCAACAAACCUGACCACAUCAUUAAGGCCAUAGAGAGCAGCGUCGAGUCGGCUUAAGAAGCGGGAGUAGCGCGAGGGUCCUUUUGGGAGGCCUUCCCUGACUCCUGGACCAAGGCCAGCGGAAGCUGCGGACUCCAUCUCUGCCUGGUCCUUUGUCGCAGGUGCACGGCCCUUUUGCAGUCGGCCGAGAGCACCGCCGGACCUCUCCUUCCCCUCCUGCAUGUCGGAGGGACGAGGGGAAGGAAAAGGGGGAAUCUUGGCCAGGCAAUUGUGCUUUCAAGGAUUGAUGAUUCAGUUUUCCUGUGAGUUAGGUUUCCCUCUUUCUUUGUGGAUCUGGAAUCGGAGCUUUUCAAAAAGGAUCCUUGGUUUCAGGUUGUACCUAUGGGGAUCUUCCUGCGGCGCGCAUUGCCCCUCCCCAAGUGGAAAGGCCUUUCUGCUGGGAGGAAAGCUUCUCUUAUGGGUUUUAUAAACCGACAUCAGCUCCAUUCAUGUUCGACUCCCUUUUUGGGGGACAUUUCUGUGCUGUGUUGGUUUAGGUGAAGAUUUCUUUUUAAAACAAAGCCUUCCUCCUUCAGUACACUUCAUGUUGGCACAUCUUCUCUGUAGAAAAAAAGGCAAUUCAGUUUCGAAAGUGCAAAGCCUCCCUCUCCCUGAAAUGCUUGGAGAGAACACAACCCAGUGCCAAACGCGUAUCCUUCAGGAACGAUGGUGUCAAUUAUGUAUGGAUACGCUGGCUGAGCUAAAGUGGCAAAGGCUUUAGCAAUGAGAAUAAUUAAUAAUAAUAAAGCAUUGGUUUGCUCAGGUUGGCCCCUUGGACCUGUCUCACCGCCCCUCCUUUCCAAGGCCAUUAUGAGCUGGGCUGCUGGCCUCUUCCUGGGCCCUUUUAGGCUCUCUUUAAAACAGCUCUUCUGUUUGCUUCAAUAAAAUUCCCAGGUAAGUAUGGAUUUUCUUUUCAGCAGCUGCCAAGAGUUUCAAACCAACCUUGUAUGAAUAUUAUUUUGGGGAUACAGCCUCUGGAGGUUCUGUUUGUGCAGAAGGCUUGGCACCCAGUUUGAAUCACCUUACCACACUUUUAACCAAGGGGUGAAGAGGAGAUUUAUAUAUCCAAUGAGGAAGGCAUUGCUUUCCGGAUCUUGUCUGCAGAUUGAAAGCAAAGGGGAUCAUUGCAUUUGCUGCACAGGCUUGGUAGGCAAUCCUCGAAAAUGCAUUUCCUACUCCAGGUAGUGGGUGUCAAACUCUUGAAUAGUCUCUGGGUUCCUUACGCCAAGGUCUGCCAGAGUUUUAAAAUGAUCUUGGCCUCAUUUUUGGCAGUGGCCAGAUUGAGUGCAAACCCUUACUCCGCUUCAGCCCAUGUGCAGCAACAAGAAUCUUGAGACCUCUGAAGCUCACCUUUAUUUUGAUUAUUAUACAGGCAGAGGGAUACACAGACACUUGGGGUCUUUUGAGUUUUUCCCCAGUUAGGAGCGGUGUAUAUCCUUGUCAGUGUGCUUUGAAAAGUGAGAGGGGACUCCUUUCCUGUUGAGUGUUUUCCUUCUGCUUGCUCACUGUAACAGCUUUGGUCCCCAGAUAAAAGUGUCUGACAAAUACAGAUGAAAAUCAC